AUGUUAUUCGUUUCUGCAGUCUAAAAUGCAUUGAGUUCACCUAAAUAUAAAUCAGCAGAAAAAUAAAAGAAAUAAAAACCAUCAAUUGAUAGUGAAUAAUUAACCACUCUUUUAUAAUUAGAAGCAGUAUUUCAUGAAAGACUAUACAAUAUUGAUCAUGUUACAAAACUCUUAGAAAUAUAUAGUUAUUUAGUAGAAUUAUUAGAACCUAAUUUACAAUCCUUAAAAGAUUACUUCUUAGAAAAAAUGGAAUUUAUAUUGAGUAGACCAGAAACAAUUGAAAUAAUGAUGGAAAAUGAUGAAAGAUCAACAGCACUUUAAAAUAGAUAUACAACAUUAAUAAAUAGUUAAGCUCUAGAUUAACUUAAACUUGAUGAAGAAUAAAGAUUUAAUAGACCAUUUUUACAGUAAAAUUCUGAUUCCAAUUCUAAAAUGAGAUUUAGUGUGUUUAAAAAACAUUAAGCUAAAGAAAGAGAAAUUUGUAUGGAAGUUUAGGAAAGAAAGUAAGAUUAAAAAGGUGAUCUAAAUUCUCUUUUAUAAGAAUAUGAUUAAAUUUCAAAAGAAUAUGAUAAUGUCAUAAAAAAGUAACUUUAAGACUAAAAUAAUACAAUUAAUUAAAGAAUGGCAAUUAGAAAAAAUAAGAAAAAACGAACUAAAUAAUCAAAUUCAUAAGAAAAUAAAAGAACUUCAGUUGUAAAUCCUGUUAGAACAACUCUUUCUAAAUGGAAGUUAAUUACUGAAAUAUAAGAAAGUGCUCAAUUUUGGCGUCAAUCAAUUAAUAAAAUAAAGAAAUGA